CCACCCAAAAAAAUACACAUGACCAAUGAUCCCACCUCUGAUGAGGUCACCCUGAGGUGCUGGGCCCUGGGCUUCUACCCCGCCGAGAUCUCCCUGACCUGGCAGCAGGACCUGACCCAGGACAUGGAGCUGGUGGAGACCAGGCCUGCAGGGGACGGAACCUUCCAGAAGUGGGCGGCUGUGGCGGUGCCUUCCGGAGAGGAGCAGCAUUACACGUGCCGUGUGCAGCAUGAGGGGCUGCCUGAGCCCCGCACCCUGACGUGGGCACCACCUCCUCAGCCCACUGUCAUCAUCAUGAGAAUCACCACGGAUAUGGUUUUCCUGGGACCUCUCUGGUCACUGGAGUGUUCUGGAGGAACAAGAGUGCAGUACAUCUCUGCAAACCCCCUGAAGUUUCUUCCUCAGACCUAA